AUGACGUGUAGCGGUGGAAUAAGACGAACUAUUUCAUCAUCUUCAUCAUCAACCCAAGUAGAUAGUCAAAUUAUUAUGCAUACAGUUGUUCCAUUACCUGAAUGUCCACAUUUAGUAGAGAUUAGAGAACUUCCUGCUGAAGGCAUUAAUGCACUAGCAUGUUGUUCAGAAUGCCACUCCAAUGAGGAACAGUGGGUUUGCCUAACUUGCUAUUUGGUCAACUGUAGCCGUUACAUUGCUGGUCAUGCCGUAUAUCAUCAAAUGCGUACUGGUCAUUCUAUGGCACUAAGUUUAACCGAUCUUUCGGUCUGGUGUUAUCCUUGUGAGUCAUACGUUCAUCAUGAAGUACUAAUUCCUGCAAAGAAUGCAGCGCAUCAAUCGAAAUUUGGUGUUUCUAUGCCAGAACAGGGGAGAUCAACAUUUUAA